AUGACGACAGUGUAUGAAAAUCAAGAACAUUCAGACAGCGUAGUAAUGCCUCCAAUAUUCGAUAUUUAUCGUAAGCCAAUGUUUGAUGAAUCGAUUCGAAAGGCUGAAUACCGAACAUAUGCACCAUUCAUUAAAUCAUUCAACUGCAAUGAUAUUGUUGAAUUCAGCAUUAAUCAAGUUGACUCGUUUUUUGAAAUGAGCGAAACCUUGUUAUGCAUUAAAGGAUCACUCGUCGAUAAAGCGGGAUCUGGAACAAUCACGCUAGCAAAUAAUGUGGGUGCUUUUCUGUUUGAUUCGUGUACGUACAGCGAAAGCGCACGGGAGAUGGAAACAGUGCGGGAUCCUGGUAUCGUAAGUGCUGUACGUGCUAUGACAUGUUACAAUCAGGAAGAUUCCAAGUAUAUGGUUAUGGCAGGUUGGAAUUACCCUAAUAAUCCCAUUCUAAACGAUACUUCAUUCAACAUACAGAUGCCUCUUAAGCACAUUUUUAACAUUUUUAACGAUUAUCCAAUGAUUACGUGUGGUCGUCAAACAAUAAGACUAGUUCGAGCUCGAAACGACAACGAUUGGUUUAUUAUUACAGAUGCAGCUACAACAGCAAAGAUUAACAUCACCAACAUUGAGCUCAGAGUGAAGCACAUAUAUCCCAACGAUGAAAUUAAACUACAACUAAUGACGUCCAUUCAAGAAGAUCUCCCUAUAGUUAUUCCGUUUAGAAAGUGGGAAUUGCACGAAUUGCCUACCAUUACCAAAGGUGCUAGACGUGAAGUUUGGGCCGUUAAAACUAGCACAUCAGUUGAAAGACCACGUUAUGUUAUUGUUUUCUUUCAAACGGGAAAGCGUAACACAAUCAAAGCUGAUCCUACCUUAUUUGAUAAUGUCAGCAUCUAA